AUGUCGACCGCCUCUCCUUCACCCUCGCAACGGCUAACUGACAUAUCAGAUGCCACCCAUGUUAAACCGUCACGCUCGCAGACCUCCCUUGACGAUGUGCCGAACGCACGCAGUUCAGACGUGGAGCUGCCACCAGAAAUAUGGCUCAGAAUCUUUGACUUUCUUGUCUACAUUCCGGGUAUCCUUGAUAUUUCAAACGUACGUGCGAUUGAAGCAUAUGCGGAAGAUAACGAAGGUAUCAUUUUGCAUGGACUCUACAACGAAGCUAUGAGCAUGAAGCUUGCAAUCAGCCUGGUCUCACGGUCAUGGCGAAGACUCAUCUUACCGUUCCUAUUCGAGUAUGUGAUCAUUAGGAGCGCUCGUCAAGCUCGAGUGGUCGCAGACGUCUUGUCUCGCUUUCACCAGGCACAAGGCGAAGAGAAAUACUAUGGACGGUGGACAAAACGCGUGGAAGUAAUCAUACAAGAUGAUCACUGGGAACAAGACAGUAUAGAUGCUUUGGUUACUAUUCUACGGCUUGCUCCAAAUAUUCUCGUAUUCUCGGAUUUCUUUAGUACGGGUAGAUUGCCUAACCAUGCUACGCGAAACGUCGUCAAUGUGCUGCAUUCUCUGUCCGAAAAAGGGCGUCUUCGAAGAAUUGAGUGUUCCGGCGUCCUUGGUGUUUUUCGCCUUUAUACACUGCUCUGCGGUACGCCGUCACUCCAAGUCCUGAUUACGAGACAGCUGUUACGGUAUCCUAUCACUUUACCCAAUCUCCGUAUACUGGUUGUCAGAAAGUCAGACCUUAUUCUUCCCUAUAAGCUCAGUAUUUUGAAUGCACCAAGCCUACAUGGUCUUGUACUACACGGCAACGCUUUGAACCCUCUGACUGGAUGCCCUCCAACCUGCACGAUCAUUCCCUACCCAAACUUGAAACAUCUACGAUGCCUCUAUCUGGAUGAUAAGCUCUUGCCCCUCUCGCUCUUCCGCAUCGCGGAGACGCCAGAGAUAACGUCUUUAACGCUGGAUUUCGGGCAGAGGCCCCUUGUCAAGGACCUGGAGAGAAUUCGGAUUAAACAUCAAACGUUAGAAAGAAUCAACUUGGUUAGGUUCCCAACUUUUAGCUAUAGAUUGGAUCCCAGCUGCGAAAUGGAAGGACAGCAGUACGUUUCUGGAUUCCUCGAAGCACUGCUGAAGCGGGAUGACAUUCCAUCUCUGCGAACCAUUGGGUUUCACCGUCCCCGAAGUCAUUUCGAUACUGGCGACUUUACCAAAUAUGUUCCUACAAGGACACAAGUAUCAACUGCCGAAUUUUGGGAGAAUUUCAUUGCCCUAUGCAAGUCCCGUGGUGUUAACGUCGAGACUUCGGUUGGUGCGAGCAACCAGUUCUGGGGAAUAUGGGAGCCUUUCCAUGUCGGUUUGCUGCCUCAUCAGUUUGCUGGCCCAGCAGCAACUUACCACGACAGUGAUUUAGAUGAGCAUCUGUUUGGCUAG